AUGUUUCUGAAGGCUACAGUUCGUCGAGCCAAACUUGCCGAACAGGAGUUGGAAUUCGAGAAACGUCAGCUCCAACUGGACCAGGAGUUUCAUCGCGAGAAGUUUCGACAACUUGAAGCGGAGAUUGAAAAAGCUGAGAACGCAUCUCAAAGUCGCAAGUCAGUGAUAUGUGGGGUCGAGAAGGUCGAGCAAUGGCAGAUUGGAUUACGUGAAGGUGGCGGGUGUUCGACUAUGCAGCAACCCCAGAGACCAACAUCGGAACCGUUGACGUCAGGUAUUCCCGAGAACGACGUUACGCAAGGUAGGCGACGAAACAUUAAGAUGCUAGCAGACAAGCAUGAUUACCAGCAGGGUUUAGGAAAUUUUAAGCAGUCUCAAAAUACAGGAGCGAUUCCUAAAAUUCCCUCUCAGAGAGUUAGCGACAAGUUAGACAAGCCAGUCAUUUCCGCAUUCCGGAACCAAAACUGUUCGUUAGACAUUUCCCCUAUUAUUCAUGAUAAUAUCGAACGCGUAGAGAACGAAUUUCUGCCAAAACCAGUAUUAUCCGGUUUACGACAAAGUACACAGUAUCUGCCUCAAAAUUCAUCGCGUUCUUAUCCCGAUUUUGUAUCAAAAGUGGCUCCUGAUGAAAGUGCGCAGAAUAUAGAAGCGGAAAAACAUACCUCUAGUGGGAGAGUGCAAGAAAUCAACCCACGCAGUGCAGUGAGAAGCAGCGGCGGUGCGGAGGUGGAGUAUUUUGGAAACCGGUCAACCGAAGGCGAACCCAGUUCGAGAAGCAAUUCCAGGAGUAGUCCGACACAUCAACAGCUGCUAGCCCGUCAAGUGAUGCCGAAAGAGUUGCCAGUGUUCGAUGGCACCCCAGAAGAGUGGCCACAAUUCAUCAGCGCGUUCCAGACAACAUCAGAUGCCUGCGGAUUUUCUGACGUCGAGAAUCUCAUGAGGCUGCAGAGGAGUUUAAAAGGUCCAGCCAAAGAGGCUGUUCAGUGCGAGUUGAUGAUACCUGCCGCCGUCCCGAGCAUUAUCGAUACCCUACAAAUGCUGUAUGGAAGACCGGAGCUAUUGGUUUACUCACUGCUACAAAAGAUUCGACAAGUUCCUGCGCCGAGAAACGACCGUUUAGAGACCUUGAUUCACUUUGGAAUAGCCGUGAAGAAUCUGUGUAUGCAUUUGGUAGUUGCUAAUCAAACGGAACAGUUGAAUAAUCCGUCACUGUUAUUCGAGUUGGUGCAGAAGCUUCCAGAUGACAUGAAAUUGGAAUGGGCGCUACAUAUGGAGAAGAAUAAGAUCAAUGACCUGCAAACUUUUUCUACCUCGUUGAUUGGCAGUAAAACCGACAAACCAAGUUUGAAACCUUUCUGUGGAGCACAUGCCGAGGAAAACUCAUCAUCCGGAUACGAACCAGCUGACAUUGAGAGAAGUACCAACGCCGUCGAAGGCACCAGAAGUUUUCAGCGAUCAAUGAAUCCUACCUGCUUCAUCUGUAAGGACCCGUCACAUCGCGUAAAAGACUGUUGUGAGUUUCGAAAGCUGUCCGUCGAAAAUCGCUGGAACAAGAUAAAGGAGUUAGGGAUUUGCCGAACCUGUCUAGGAUACCAUGGGCGACGACCGUGUAAAUCAUCAAAAUUGUGCGACAAAGACAAUUGUUAUGGGAAACAUCACACCCUACUACACUUGACUACGGCAGCAGGCGGAAAUCAGCAGGGACAUAUAGAAGCGGUAAUUAAUCAUCAUCGUUCCGGCCAAUCUGCGCUUUUUCGGAUGCUUCCUGUAACUCUAUACGGGAACGGCAAAUCCAUAGAAGUUGUUGCCUUCAUCGACGACGGUUCAUCCAUGACGCUGAUGGAAGAAGAUAUAGCGAAGCAGUUAGACAUCAAAGGCGAACUAGCUCCACUUUGCCUUCGAUGGACGGGAAACAUCACACGUAGUGAAGCCGAAUCCCAGCGGGCCAGCUUGACCAUUUCAGCCACAUCGAAAUCGCAAAAAUUUCCACUCCACGUACGUACGGUUUCUAGCUUAAAUCUCCCGAAACAGACGGUUUGCUACGCUAAGCUAGUGCAAGAAUACCCCCAUAUUAAAGGACUACCAAUACAGGAUUAUAACAACGCUACUCCAAGGAUUCUAAUCGGAAAUGAUAAUUCCCAUGUUGGGGCAACGUUGAAGAUCCGAGAAGGAGCUCCUGGCGAUCCUAUUGCAUCAAAAUGUCGCUUAGGAUGGUCGAUCUACGGCGCUACGGGAAAAAUAACGACUGAAGCAGAAACAUUCCACAUCUGUGAAUGCAACUGCGACGAAAAAUUACAGAAUUUAGUGAAGGAGUUCUUUUCGACAGAAAGUGUAGAGACAUCUGGAAGCAAAUAUACCAAGUCAAAGGAAGAUGAACGAGCGAUUAGAAUCAUGGAGGAGACCACGACUCGUUGCGGUCAAAGAUUUGAGACGGGCCUUAUUUGGAAGUACGACGAUUUUGAAUUUCCUGCGAGUCGAGCUAUAGCCGAACGGCGGCUACGAUGUUUGGAGCGACGAAUGCAGAAAGAUCCAAUCAUUGGAGAGAGCGUAAGGAGACAGAUGGCGGAGUACUUGCAAAAAGGGUACAUUCAUAAGGCUACCGAGGAGGAACUAGUUUCGGCGGACGAAAGACGGACAUGGUAUCUACCAUUAGGCGUGGCUCUAAACCCCAAAAAACCUUCGAAGAUUCGAAUAUUUUGUGACGCAGCAGCUAGAGUGGAUGGUGUGUCACUCAACGACAUGCUAUUAACAGGGCCGGAUUUAUUGAGUUCGCUACCGGGUGUUCUGUUAGGAUUUAGAGAACGAGCGAUAGCCAUCUGCGCAGACUUAAUGGAGAUGUUCCACCAGGUGCGGAUACGCGCAGAAGAUCGAAAUUCGCAGCGCUUGUUGUGGCGUAAAUCUCCAGAAGAUCCCAUCGAAGUCUAUUUCAUGGAUGUCGCCACCUUCGGGUCAACGUGUUCUCCUAGCUCGGCCCAAUUUAUUAAAAACCGCAAUGCGAAGGAGUAUGCAAACGAGUAUCCUGAGGCAGCAGAGGCCAUAAUUGGGCAUCAUUACGUCGACGAUUGGAUGGAUAGCACAGAAACAUUACUGGAACGAAUAGGCGUUCGAAAUUCGGCGGACAUAAAACAUCUCAACUUGCAUAACGAGGCACAACGGGUACUAGGAAUGCUGUGGCAUCCGACAGAGGAUGUAUUUGUGUAUUCCAUGAAUAAAACGCUGGAGAUUCCACAUCCAACAAAGCGAGAAGUUCUGAGAGCCGUUAUGUCACUUUUUGACCCCUUGGGACUGCUCGCUUUUUUCGUAAUUCAUGGCAAAGUGUUGAUGCAGGACAUAUGGCGAUCGAAAACGAAUUGGGACGAGAGGAUUCCAGAAGAAUUACGAGAAAGAUGGCAGCAGUGGACACGGCAGUUCGAAAAACUUAAGGAGGUGAAAAUCAAUCGUUGCUAUUUUCCCAACUGCGUCGAGAGCGAAUUUGAGGACAUGCAGUUGCAUAUUUUUGGGGAUGCAAGCGAACAAGCUUAUGCGUGUGUUGCCUAUCUUCGUGCACGUAUCAACGGCCGAACACAAUGUGCUCUUGUAUCAGGGAAAACGAAGGUUGCUCCGUUGAAGACGAUUUCCAUACCCCGUCUAGAACUUCAAGCCGCAAUUCUCGGAGUUAGAAUGGCACAGAUGAUUAAAGAACACCAUAGAUUUGGCAUCAAACGCACGAUUUAUUGGACUGAUUCCCAAACAGUUCUUUCAUGGAUUAACUCGGAACAUCGAAGAUUUCGGCAAUAUGUUGCUUGUCGGGUAGGAGAAAUUUUGACGAAGACGAAUGCUGAAGAUUGGAGGUGGUUACCAUCGAAAGAAAACGUAGCCGACGACGCUACCAAAUGGGGCCGAGGACCUAACCUGUCGCCGGAGGCCCGAUGGUUUCAAGGACCGUCUUUCCUAUAUUCGGCAGAAGAAGAGUGGCCUGUUAACUCUGCAGUGAAAGGUGAAACGGAAGAAGAGAUGACUGAAUGUCUGGUGCACGUUAUGCAAUCUGGGAGCAGUAUUCCGCUUGUUAAUUGGAAGUUCUUCUCUUCAUGGCAACGAUUGUGGCGAGCAGUAGCGACGGUUCUGAAGUACUUCAAUAUUUUGCGUUGCCAUGUUAUUGGCCAAGUUCCAUCCUCUGGACCUCUGACUUGUGAACUGCUUGCAAAAGCUGAGACUACAAUUUUCCGGUGUGUUCAACUCGAUGUGUAUCAACGAGAAUGGGCGAUACUGCAGGAUAUGAAGAAAGUGAAGCCUGCAACACGAGGCCGAAGUGAGAUCAGCAAGGAUAGUAAACUGUUCAAACUCUCCCCUUUCUUGGACGAACACGGAGUCAUACGGCUAGAAAGUCGAAUCGUCGCAGCUUCCUACGCGGCGUUUGAUACCAGAUAUCCUAUAAUUUUACCCAAGGAUCAUCCUGUCACCCUACUUUUAGUAGAAGCCAUGCAUAAGCGAUACCUUCAUGCCAACAGGGAAACCGUCGUGAACGAAAUCCGGCAGCGGUUCCAUAUCCCUAAUCUUCGAAGUGUAGUGCGAAAGGUAACCAAGUCCUGCCGAGUGUGCCAGAUCAGAAACGCAAAACCCGUGGUUCCCAGAAUGGCUCCCCUGCCGGCCGCUAGGUUGCAAGCAUUUGUUAAACCGUUUACGUUCAUAGGUUUGGAUUACUUCGGUCCGAUAAAUGUGCGUAUUGGAAGAAGCCUGGUUAAGAGGUGGGUGGCGCUGUUCACUUGCCUUACGAUACGGGCAAUCCAUUUGGAAGUGGUCCAUUCUCUCACCACCGAGUCAUGCAAAAUGGCCAUCCGUCGGUUUAUUGUAUGCCAUGGAUCGCCCCUUGAAAUUUAUAGCGACAACGGAACCAACUUCGUGGGGAUUCGCGUCGGGGACUUCGUGCGGUACGGUUCAUCACAGAACAUCUAA